AUGAAUGAGAAACAAAUUCUCGGCGUUGCUGGUAGCAGUAAUGAUGUACACCUUAUGACAUUAGAAUAUUAUAACGAACAUAAAGAUGAACUGAAAGGAGAGAAGGGUGACACCGGACCUCAAGGACCACAAGGAAUACAAGGAAUACAAGGAAUACAAGGAAUACAAGGACCUCAAGGCGAAAACGGUUUGGAUGGAAAGGAUGGAAAGGAUGGAAAAACUGCUAAAUCAUGGAUAUGGGACCUUAUAAAUACUGGUUUAACAGCUGCUUCAUAUGGAGUUCUUCAAUACCAAAUCGGAAAGAUAUGGGCGGUACUUGGUGAAGAAGUUUUAAAUGACGUUAAAAAUGCUUUGAACUUCAUUUCAAAUGGUUCGGAUACUAUUAAAACUUUAUCUGGUUGGAUGCAAGAAACAAGGAGUCAAAUAGAUACUGUAAGACGUAUAGCAAACAAUGCACGUACGGGAUUGGAUACUUUACGACAAGCACAAAAUACACUAAAGGAAGCAAAUGAUAUUCUUGGCUCAGUAUCAGACAUGCAUGAAGAUUGGCUUAAAGGUAUUGACAAAUCUUUAAAAAAUCACAGUCAGUCUAUUGCUGACUACAAGAAAAGUAUAGAUUUUUUACAUAGUGCUAUGGACGUACAUGAUGGAAGCAUAAGGAACUUACUUAAUGCUAACAAUAACUUACCAGGAACUAUUAAAGCAUUUAUAAAGUCCUUUGUAAAACCCGGUGCUCUAACAUUUAGGUCUUUGAGAGCAAGAGCAUUGAAGUCAAGAGAUGCAGAAACUCCAACAGAACCUACAGAAGGAACUGAAACAACAGAAACUCCAAAAGAACCACCAAAACCAACAGCUAAUGAAAUAUUGUUCGAAUAUUUUCCAAGGUACUCUGUUCUCAUUGCAUACAUUCAAGAAAUACUUAAGAAAGCAGACUUGACUUUAGGAGAUGAUGAAAGUUCUGUAUAUCUUUCGUUCCAGUUUCAAAUAGCAGAACUUUUGAGACAGAUAUGCUUAAUGUAUGACAACAUCUCUGAUUUCACAAGAUAUGAUGACGACCAUGACCCCGAACAUGGUGAAGAAGAAGUUUUACAAACAUCCAUUAAGACAGGAAAGGUUUUAACUCAAAGUCUCAUUAUUGACACCAAAGAUGGCGAAGUGGACGUUCUUCAAGAGCUGAAGAAAAAUACUUCUUCGGGAGGUGGUG